AUGAGAUUACACUGGCCGCUGUUCAUCUUCCUCACUCUUGUACAGGCCACUGGCUGGUUCGGCUCGGACGACCCCGUCGACUGCUCAUCCAUCACAUCGGCCCCUUCUGCGGCCUACUCUCAUGCGAGCCGUGAAGUGAGAGCAGCCACCCAUACCGUCAGUGACACCGCUGCACAGGCGACGCGUGAACUCGGCCGCGCGUUUGACGAGACUAAAGACUAUGUCUUCUCCACCUGGGAUGACUCUCGUCUGAGAAAAUGGCUCGAGGACCACGACGUGGUCGAAGCCAGGAAAGCAAACACCCGCCAAGAACUCCUCGACCUUGCUAACCUGUUACUUCCGCGAGGCCAUGAAUGGCUUGUCGCGCACAAUUUGUUGCCCCCACAUGAAUCGCCUCGUCGCGAGACGCUCCUCGAUUACAUGAAGCAUUAUUACUACUCCACCACGGAUAAGAUCUGGCACACUUGGUCAGAGUCCGAGCUCAAGGCAUGGCUGGUCAACCACGGUAUUCUUAAGAGCGACGCCCAAAAGCAACGCGACGAGUUAAUCAAACUGAUGGAGGAGCACUACCUCUCUGCAUCUGACAGCAUCUGGGGCGCCUGGCGCGAUAGUGACAUUCGCAAGUGGCUUACUACACAUGGGUAUAUUGACGAGAGGACGGCCUCACGCAAGACACGCGACGACCUAGUGGACCUCAUCAAUUCCAAAUACGCCGAUGCAUCGGUGAAGAGUGCUUCAUAUCUCGUGUGGCCUGAUGCUCGAUUACGUGCGUACCUACGUGAGCGUGGUGUUAGUGAGGAUGCCCUACCCACAAGUAGGCCUGGGCUACUUCAGGAAACCCGUAUUCGUUGGGUUCAGGCAUCCACACGAGCUGAGAAUAUUUUCGCCAAAUUGAGGGACACCGUGAACAGCGGUGUAAUAGCGAUCGAGGACGCUCUUAGCUGGAUCUGCGACUCUCUGGCGGACCGGGUACACCAGGCUAGGCAGAAGGCAGAAGAAGCCAAAGACUUUGCUUGGGAGAAAGGCUACCAGCAACCGUUUGGUAGCGCUGGUGAGGGCACGAAGCGCGGCAGUGAAGGGAUGCGGCAGGCUGGAGAAAGGAUCAAAAGUGAGGGUGACGAACUCUGA